AUGGACGCAUGCACACCACAACGACCAACUACCGGCACGCGCAGAAAGCCUUGGGACAGCAUUCCAUACCUGACAGCGAAUGACGAAGAUAAAAAUUCUUACAUGAAGUUGGUCGGGAAGGCAGCGAGAGCUUGCGCUCGACAAUGCCUGGUUGUGCGUCCUCGCGCAGCUAGCAGACAUGGCUGCAUUCUACUCUACGCGGCAAGGGGGCGUCGUUUUGCCUCGCAGACGAAAGCAACACCUACCCAGCUUGAGGCGCGCAUGGCGGCUAUUCCUAUCAGCCGAUACAGAAAUUUUUGCAUAGUGGCACAUAUCGACCAUGGAAAAAGUACGCUUAGCGACCGGCUACUCGAGCACACGGGCACUAUCUCGGCGAGUGACGCAAAUAAGCAAAUACUGGAUAAACUCGAUGUCGAACGUGAGCGUGGGAUCACAGUCAAGGCGCAAACAUGUACAAUGCUCUACAACUACAAAGGCGACGAUUAUUUACUACAUCUGGUCGAUACACCUGGCCAUGUUGACUUCCGGGCCGAAGUCACACGCUCGUACGCCAGCUGCGGCGGCGCCAUAUUACUAAUAGAUGCCAGUCAAGGUGUCCAGGCACAGACAGUCUCGAAUUUCCAUCUGGCCUUUGCGCAGGACCUGGCGUUACUACCUGUUGUCAACAAGAUUGAUAUGCCGUCGGCCGAUGUUCCCUCUGUCCUGAAACAGAUUGAAGAUAGCUUCGAGUUGGACCCCGCAGGAGCCGUUCUUGUCAGCGCGAAGACUGGCAAAGGCAUUGACGCGGUGCUUCCAGCUGUUAUUGAGAAGGUGCCUCAUCCGUUAGGCGAUCGCAACAAGCGACUGAAGAUGCUCUUGGUGGACUCCUGGUACGACAAUUUUCGCGGCGUUGUUCUGCUUGUGAGGAUAUUUGAUGGCAUGGUCCAGGCUGGGGACAACGUGGUGUCACUAGGGACGGCUACGAAAUAUACUGUUGGGCAAGUUGGCGUCCAAAUUCCUGACGCGACACCACAAAAAGUAUUGAGCGCAGGGCAGGUUGGCUAUGUCUACUUCAACCCCGGCAUGAAGCAAAUCAAGGACGCCAAGCUCGGAGACACAUUCACAACAGUGGGUAGCGAGGAUGCCAUCGAGCCAUGCCCUGGCUUUGAGGAACCCAAGCCUAUGGUUUUCGUUGCCGCCUUCCCUACCGAUCAGGGCGACUAUAGUAGACUCGCGGAUAGCAUCAACCAGUUGGUGCUCAACGACCGCAGCGUGACGCUCCAGAAGGAUCACUCGGAAGCACUAGGGGCGGGCUGGCGUCUCGGUUUCCUUGGUAGCUUACACUGCUCCGUUUUUCAGGAUCGCCUCAAACAAGAACAUGGGCGAAGCAUUAUUAUCACAGAGCCUACUGUGCCAACCAAAAUCAUCUGGAGCAACGGCAGGGAGGAGGUCGUGCAAAACCCAGCCCUCUUCCCCGAUACAUCUCAUCCGCAUAUUAAGAAUUCCCAGCUGCUGGAGCCAUUCGUCAAGGCGACGAUAACGGUACCCGAGGAGCAUCUUGGACGUGUGAUUGAGCUAUGCGAGGCAAAUCGAGGGCAGCAGAAGAGUAUUGAGUUUUUCAAUAAGGAUCAAGUAAUUCUUCUGUAUGAUGUCCCAGCCGCUCAGCUGGUGGAGGAUUUCUUUGGAAAGCUCAAAGGGUCGAGUAAAGGAUAUGCCACACUCGAUUAUGAGGAAGCCGGUUGGCGAGAAAGCAAAUUAACUAAAGUACAACUGCUUGUGAACAAGCAACCUGUUGACGCCAUCUGCAAGAUUGUACACACAUCCCAAGUUGAGCGCAUUGGCAGACAGUGGGUCACGAAGUUCAAAGAACAUGUUGACAGGCAGAUGUUCGAGGUCGUCAUCCAAGCAGUAGCUGGCAAUAGAGUCAUUGCUCGUGAGACAAUCAAGCCAUUUCGUAAGGACGUACUAGCGAAACUACAUGCCAGUGAUAUCACAAGAAGGCGAAAGUUGCUAGAGAAACAAAAGGAUGGAAGAAAGCGGUUACGCGCGGUUGGUAAUGUUGUAAUUGAUCAGACUGCUUUCCAAAACUUCUUAGCGAAGUAA